GGCCUGCGAUAACGUAGGGCGGGCGGAUAGUGUCAGUAUCGAGGUAGCGGGCGAACUUUGCUAACGCCUGUACAAUUGUGUGUAGGGGUGAGUGUUGUGAGUGUACUGUGCGAACUUUUGCGGAUGUUUUGAUAAUACACGAUAAAUCCUCAAGCACAAGACAAUGUUCACAAAAAGCAGAUUCUACACAUCAGUCUCUAUACAUAGAGUUCAAAGUUAAAACAAGGACGUUAUCUAAAUAUUAUUUACCAAAUAAGAUAGGAUAUAUAAACUGUAAAAAUGGACAUUCUGCCAGAGAAACUAUCGGGGCCCGGAGGAGCUUCCCAGAAGAACUGGAGCCAUUGGAACGCUACAGAGGAAAUGCCUUUGGAGAUGCAAUUCAACCAUGGCCACAUGGUCUCCAUAACAGUUUAUAGUGUGUUGAUGAUGAUAUCGGCGACGGGGAAUUUGACAGUGCUGUCUCAAUUGGUAAAGAGGAAGAGAAUGGGUCGGGCGAGUCGACUGGACGUGUUACUCAUGCAUUUGGCAGUGGCUGACCUUAUGGUGACAUUCCUGAUGAUGCCGCUGGAGAUAGCGUGGGCAGGCACCGUGCAGUGGCUGGCGGGCGACCUCAUGUGCCGCCUGAUGAUGUUCACGCGCACCUUCGGCCUCUACCUGUCCAGCUUCGUGCUCAUCUGCAUAGCGAUCGACAGAUACUACGCUAUUCUCAAGCCACUGAAUGUCACUUGGGAGGCGAGAGUCAGGCGGGCUCUCACUAUCGCCUGGGUCUGCGCUGCGUUAGCCAGCCUGCCGCAGAGUUUCAUAUUCCACUUGGGAGAACACCCUGAUGUUAGAGGGUACUUCCAGUGCGUGUCGUACGGAUCGCUGCCGACGCCGCGACACGAGCUGGCGUACUUUCUGCUGAACAUGGUGCUGAUGUACCUCGCACCGCUCAUCUCCACCCUGUACUGCUCUUCAGCCGCACUGCUGGAGAUCAUGCGGCGAGCUAACACCGCUAAUGAUAAAAUGCGCCGCAGCGGAGUGGGAAUCCUCGGGCGGGCGAAGGCCAGAACACUCAAGAUGUCCGUCACUAUUGUACUAGUUUUCUUUACCUGCUGGUCACCCUAUUACUUGUACUGUAUUUGGUACUGGAUAGACCAAGACACGGUGAAGAGCCAAGACCCCGCGUUGCAGAGAGCUAUAUGGUUGUUCUCGUGCACAAACUCCUGCGCCAACCCCAUAGUCUACGGCGUGUUCAACAGAAACCGGUGGACGUGGCGCACUGGACACAAUGCGCGGUGUCGAAACGGCUGGCGAAGAGGUUCAAGAUUCCCUCACGGCGAUUCAAUGGAGAUAUCAGCUGCUACUUUAGCACGUGCGAAGAAUUCAUUCCAAGAUCGGCACCUCAGAAGGGAUUCCGCUUUCGUUCAUAACAGUUCACAAAAACAAAUAUUGAAUAAUAACAAUAAUGUACAUGGAAUUGUUUAAGUGGUGAACUGUGUAACGGAAUACGCAACCAAAAAGUGACGUUAAUAUACUAGUUAUAGCAGUAGUUUUAUAUCGUUUACUGAAAUGGCAACAUUGUGGAAACAGGACUCUAAUGUUAUAAAUUCAAUAAGUAAAAACGUCAUUUGAUUACAUUCAAUAAUCAAAUAAUCUGUUAAUGAAUUAGUGAUUUAGAGACAUAAUAUGAGUUAGCCCUUUUACAGAGCCAUAGUUUGGCGCGUGUUUUUCAUUCUUUCAUUGAUAGGCGCGCGGGCCUUUGGAGAUAGGCGAUAAGCUUUGAAUACUAGGUAUUUAAGCCUUUCCAACAAUUUUCAUAUUAUUCAACAAAAAAACUUAUGUUUCAAUUAUACCUAUAUAAAAAAUCUCUCUAUAGAAUGUUACGUUAACAAUAAUAUUUCAAAGAGAGCUUUAAAGAUCUUUAUACAUAUCUAUACUGUAGUAAUUAAUCUAGAUGUAGAUUUUUUUUUGUUUUUGUACAUAGUUGUUGAUAGUUUCAAUUUGUGAUACGAUACCAAAUAAUGAGGAGUGGAGUUAUAGUUAAAGCUAUAUGCUGUAAAUAUUUAAUUCGAUUGCGAAUUAUUUCGGUAUUUUAUAGCAAUAUUCCAAAAUUAUGUUUAUGUCAUAUAAAAAUAUCUAAGUAAAUGUAGAUACUCAAAUAUUAAUUUUAAGUGUUAUAGUCAAAACUGAAUGUGACAUUCCCUAAUAUAAGUUACUUAUUUAACGAAAUUCCUUUUAAGUUUUUUUUCAUUUUGCAAUUUAUUUUUACUUGCAAGUUUCUUACAGUGAUUACUUAAUCAAUUAAAAACCGCCAAAAACGAAAAUACCGUACGAGUGUGUAUAAUAUUUUUUAAAUGGUUGACAUGAAAAUAUAUACACAUUUAAAUAAAUAAAUUGUGGCAGCUUAUAGUGAUGUACAGCACUCUUGUCGAUUAAUACCUAAUCCAUACAAAUUACGUUAAUAGACUUAUCAAUGAACGUACCAAAACUAUGCCGCGGUUUGUUGGUUAAUAUAAUAUAUAUAACUAGUAAGUGUACACCAUUGUCUCAUGUCUACAUGUUUAAAGCCAUAUAAGGAUUUUUUCGUUAUUUUUAAAACGUUUGUCUGCUAACCUGGUGGUGAAAACAUAAGAAAACAUUCAGAAACAUCAUUGUUGGCAAUAAACUAGACACUUAUAGUCAGACUUUGACUUCCUUUUGGCUUUUUAUUAUUUUGUUUUUUUUAGUGUAAUAUGGUCGCUGGCUGUGAAGUGAUAAGAAACUCGGUUAAAAUAGAAAAACGAAAUGAAGUUUUGUACCUACUUAUUGAUAUAGAGAUUAAGCAGAAAAAAUCAAGAUAACUUAAAUAAUAAAAGAUUAAUAUCUUCA